AUGGUAGAGGCGAAGGACAACGAGGUGUACGAGGAGGACCUCGUCGACUACGAGGAGGAGGUGGAGAAUGUCGUCGACGGCGCCGCCACCAACGGCUCCGCAGAUGUCGUCAAGAAGGGGUACGUGGGGAUCCACAGCUCGGGGUUCAGAGACUUCCUGCUCAAGCCGGAGCUUCUCCGCGCCAUUCAGGACUGCGGGUUUGAGCAUCCUUCCGAAGUGCAACAUGAGUGCAUCCCUCAAGCUAUUCUUGGGAUGGAUGUCAUCUGUCAAGCAAAAUCUGGAAUGGGUAAGACUGCGGUUUUCGUCCUCUCAACUCUUCAGCAGAUUGAUCCUGUUGCUGGCCAAGUAGCUGCACUUGUGUUGUGCCACACAAGAGAGUUAGCUUACCAGAUUUGCCAUGAAUUUGAGAGGUUUAGCAAAUACCUGCUUGAAUUAAGAGUAGCUGUUUUCUAUGGUGGUGUUCACAUAAAAAACCACAAGGAUCUGUUGAAGAAUGAAUGCCCCCAUAUUGUGGUUGGCACGCCUGGAAGGAUACUGGCUCUAGCUAGAGAUAAGGACCUUCCCUUGAAGAAUGUGCGGCAUUUCAUUCUUGAUGAAUGUGACAAGAUGCUUGAAUCACUUGACAUGCGCAGAGAUGUCCAGGAGAUCUUCAAAAUGACUCCCCAUGAUAAGCAAGUGAUGAUGUUUUCAGCAACACUCAGCAAGGAGAUUCGACCUGUUUGCAAGAGAUUCAUGCAAGACCCAAUGGAAAUUUAUGUUGAUGAUGAGGCUAAACUGACCCUUCAUGGUCUAGUUCAGCACUAUAUCAAAUUGAGUGAGGCAGAGAAGAACCGAAAGUUGAACGACCUUUUAGAUGCGCUCGACUUCAACCAAGUUGUGAUAUUUGUUAAAAGUGUUAGUAGAGCUGCAGAACUCAACAAAUUGCUCUGCGAGUGCAAUUUCCCCUCAAUCUGCAUACAUUCUGGAAUGGCACAGGAAGAGAGGUUGACCCGGUACAAGAACUUCAAGGAAGGACACAAGAGGAUUCUUGUGGCUACUGAUUUGGUUGGUAGGGGAAUUGAUAUUGAGCGUGUCAACAUUGUCGUGAACUAUGACAUGCCCGAUUCUGCUGAUACAUACUUGCAUAGGGUUGGUCGGGCUGGACGUUUUGGUACCAAGGGACUUGCAAUAACAUUUGUUUCUUCUGCAUCUGAUUCUGAUGUUCUCAAUCAAGUGCAGGAGAGGUUUGAGGUUGACAUAAAGGAGCUGCCUGAGCAGAUUGACACUUCGACAUACAGGAGGCAACAUGAGCCGAGAUAUUGCACAUCACCACAAAGCAAGUCUAUGUUACUAGGAGCAAGAUUUGGUCGACAUGUUACUAGGAGCACAGCUUACCUGCUCCAAAAUUCCAGGAGCACUACAAUGGCAAGACUACAAAAGUCUGGGCAGUUUCUGCAACCUGUCUUGGACUCUUCAAGAAAUUAUUUGACUAGGACAUUCUACAAUGCAAGCAUGAAGAGAAGGGUUCUGUCGAGGGUUGAGUGCUUUGUGUCUUCAGAUCCAAUAAACAAUGGUUGGUUGAAACCAAGGAGGUCGGAGAACUUCACUAGUUUGGAGAGUGCAUGUGUCCAGCCAGAAUACAAACUACCAGUCAGAAAACGUGCUGACUGUAAAGCAGAGCAGUAUGAAAUUACAGGAUCACCUUUGAGCUCUUCAAAUGUUCCUGCUGAUGUUCCGUGGUGGCAGGAGUUCCCAAGGCGCUGGAUGGUCGUUCUCCUCUGCUUCUUUGCGUUCCUUCUUUGCAAUAUGGACCGUGUAAAUAUGAGCAUUGCAAUCCUUCCAAUGUCGUCAGAGUUCAGCUGGAAUCCAGCAACCGUUGGUCUAAUCCAAUCAUCUUUCUUUUGGGGUUACCUUCUCACACAGAUUCUUGGAGGUAUUUGGGCUGACAGGUUUGGUGGUAAGGUAGUACUAGGAUUUGGGGUUGUAUGGUGGUCACUUGCGACAGUUCUUACACCCCUUGCUGCCAAGAUUGGACUUCCAUGCUUACUCACCGUGCGUGCCUUCAUGGGGAUAGGCGAGGGUGUUGCCAUGCCUGCUAUGAACAACAUCCUUUCCAAAUGGAUCCCAGUCUCAGAGAGAAGCAGAUCUCUUGCCUUGGUGUACAGCGGAAUGUACCUUGGGUCAGUCACCGGCCUGGCUUUCUCACCUCUGUUGAUUAGCAGAUUUGGCUGGCCUUCUGUCUUUUAUGCAUUUGGAUCCCUUGGAACCGUUUGGUUUGCACUGUGGCAAAGCAAAGCACACAGCUCUCCAGAUGAUGAUCCGGAGAUAAGUAAAGCUGAAAAGAGGCAUAUACUGGGUGGCAGUCCCUUAAAGGAGCCUGUCACUUCCAUACCAUGGAGGCUGAUUCUAUCAAAGGCUCCAGUGUGGGCUCUCAUAAUAUCACAUUUUUGCCAUAACUGGGGAACAUUUAUUCUUCUAACAUGGAUGCCCACAUACUACAAUCAGGUUCUGAAGUUCAAUCUAACCGAGUCCGGGCUUCUCUGUGUCUUGCCAUGGCUGACAAUGGCUGUUUUUGCGAAUAUUGGUGGAUGGAUUGCUGAUACUCUUGUUCAGAGAGGGGUCUCUAUAACAAACGUUCGUAAGAUCAUGCAAUCGAUUGGUUUCCUUGGACCAGCUUUGUUCUUGACACUGCUGAGCAAAGUUCGUAGUCCAGCCAUGGCCGUGUUAUGUAUGGCAUGCAGUCAGGGUAGCGAUGCUUUUUCACAGUCUGGCCUGUAUUCAAACCACCAAGACAUAGGACCACGUUAUGCGGGGGUACUUCUUGGACUGUCAAACACUGCUGGCGUGCUUGCAGGAGUUUUUGGUACUGCUGCCACUGGCUACAUUCUUCAGAAAGGUUCUUGGGAUAGUGUGUUUAAGGUGUCUGUUGUGCUGUACAUAGUAGGAACAGUGGUGUGGAAUGUCUUUGCAACUGGAGAGAAAGUUCUUGAAUAA